GCCAAAGACACCAAUAUGGCGGAGGCUUCCUUUGGGAGUUCGAGCCCUGCCGAUACUGCUAUCCAGAGGGAAAGAUAAGUUCAUAUAAUACUAGACUAAAAUGUAAUGUCAGUUCUAUUGUUUUGAGUUGUUUGCCAUUUUUUCAUUUUUGGGGAACUAUUCAUUUAAUGUACAAUUUCUAUCAUGUUCCACUAAAUGUUGUACUAAAAUCAGCCAAUCAUAUUUCUCCCCCAGUUGGCUCUUUGUCCUCAGAGGAUCAUGACUUUGAUCCAACAGCUGAGAUGUUAAUUCAUGAGUAUGACGAUGAGAGAACUUUGGAGGAGGAAGAGCUUUUGGAGGGAGAGAAGCAUUUCAGUGCAGAAUUGUCAGACCUGGAGAGGGAGCGGAACAUGCCGAUCGAGGAGUUGUUGGCUAUGUAUCGUUAUGAGGCACCAGUCAGUACUGGGGCGGGAUCUAGCAUGGACAGUUCCUCUGUUGAACUAGCUGAUGAUCUGCCUGACAUGACCCUGGAUAAGGAGGAGAUAGCGAAAGAUCUCUUGUCAGGAGAUUAUGAGGAGGAGACCCAGUCCUCUGCUGAUGACCUGACCCCUUCUGUCACCUCCCACGAGGCCACAGACUUCUUCCCUAGAACACUCAGAUCUAACGCAACAUAUGAUGGUGAUAAAGAAUCUGAGGGCGAGGAGGAUGGUGUAAGCAGUGAAGAUUCUAGGAAGGAAAUAAUGGUCGGAUCUCAGUAUCAAGCAGAAGUUCCAGUGGGGCUCAGCCAUUAUAAUAAGGAUGGAAAAGCGUAUGAGGAGGAAGAUCAGCUGCUGUGGUGUCCUGAUGUGCUGUCCGAAUGUAAAGUGAAAGACUACCUCAGAGACGCGCUGUCACAGUCUACAGAUGACAGCACAGAGGAUUCCACAUUUGAACACAUACAAGAUAACGAACAGGCCUUGUUGGAGCUUUUGAAAACUAAUUACGACACCCGUGAGGCACUGACGCGAUACCGCAGUAAUGUGAAGGCUUCGAAAGAAGAAUCCCCAGCGUGGUCUGAGGAUGAAUGUAGGAACUUUGAACAUGCGCUGCAGAUUUAUGAGAAAAACUUCCAUCUUAUUCAGAAACACAAGGUUCAGACACGCACUGUAGCAGAAUGUGUGGCUUUUUAUUAUAUGUGGAAAAAGUCCGAACGUUUUGAUUACUUUGCUCAACAGAACCGAUUUGGCAAGAAGAAAUAUAGUUGUUACCCUGGGGUGACAGACCUGAUGGACAGGCUGGUGGAUGAGGCGGAGGGUCUGGCGGUGGACAGCUCGUCAUCUGUGUGUUCAGCAGGAGAAGGGGGAAGGAACGAGGCAUCGACAGAGCAUCAGCUCGGACUGCUCAACUCCAUCACUGCCAGUGACCUUACAGCCAUUAGUAACAGCGUAGCAACUGUGUGCAAUGGUCCUGGAGACAUAAGCUGUUUGGACUCCCCGUACUUCCCCCCUCUGGAGAGUUUACACAGAGGAGCCCUGAACCAUGAUGAUCAGCUCAGCUACUCCACAAACGGAGACAGCAGCUGCCUCAACAUGCUGGAUUCCGGCUUCUAUCGCUCAGAACUGGGCCAGAUCAAUGUGUGCAGCACCAAAGACUGCGAACGGCCCUCUAGGAGGCUCAAGAUGGGCCUUUCGGAGACCUUCAUUAACGACAUGUCUGUUACUAACCUGGGUGUGGAUUUCGAGGGCAGACGCGCACAUCGCAUUACAGGGGCCACAAUGGCGGUGUCAGUCACAGACUUCAGCAGCAUAGGGAGCAGUGAAGCAAACAGUUUUCUCGCCUCUCAUUCACGACAAAACCAACACACUGCACUUCAGUCUGACUGACUCCCUUCUGCUAUCCAGACACAUUCAUCCGCUCACUGAAUAUUAGUUCUUUUUUAAAUUAAAAAAACAAAUCUAUAUAUAUAUAUGAAUAUACUUUUUGGUAGUUUUUUUUUGUUUUUGUAAUAUGACAUCAGUGAUGUCUUUAUUUGUACAGAGCUAAGAAAUCUUGAUUUCUCAAGAGUUUAAAUAGCAUUUAUUUUUCUUGUCCUUCAGAUAUUUAAUAUCCUUUAUGUCUUUAGUCGUAUACAGUUAAACCUAAAUGCUGGAGCAGAGAGCCGUGGUCUCUUA